AUGGUGUCCCUCGGCCUCCUUUCGUCGAGCGACAAGGCGUCAGCGAACCGAUCCAAGCCCGCCGCCCCCUCCGAGCUGCUGCCCGACUACAUACACGACGCCGCCCAGCUGCCAUGCGUACCGCCCGAGCGGCCCGACCUGCACCAGCUCAACAACUGCCUCGAGGCGCUGGCCGCCGUCUUCCCUAACAUCCAGAUUGAAGUCUUUCGCGAGCUGCUGUCCAACUUUGACGGCGAGUCGCGGCUCGCCCUCGUCGCCGACGCGCUGCUUAAGAACCGCGCCACUUGGGUCAAGGGCCGCUGGCGUGUCCCUGACAAGGACGAUCCCCCGGCCGGCCCGGCCGUGCCCCGCGCCGACGCCUUUCGGAGUCCCGAGUACAAGAGGGCGGUGCGCGCCCUCGCCUGGCACGAGUUCCGCGGCCUGUCCCGCUCCACCAUUGACGGCGUCCUCGCCGAGUCCAACUACUCAUACCUCGAGUCCCGCCGCACCCUCGCCGCCCUGUCAUCCAAGUCAUGGCGCUUCACCAUCUCGUCCAUUUUUUUCCGACGUAAGCCCAUUGUCACCGGCGAGGCUGAGAACCACCCGCUCGUUGUGUGGAAGUCGACCGGCCAGGGAGCCAUCAUACCCACGAUCCGCGCCACCGGCAGCGCCGAGCUCGACAGGGAACUGUACGACACCCUGGUGGCGCCGCUGAAAGCACGAGACAAGGAGGCCAAGGAGGCGUCCGAUCGCGAGCUCGCCCUUACACUGAACCUGCAGGAAGCAGAAGAGGCCGGGGCUACCUAUGAGUGUGGGUGCUGCUUCACGACGGCUCCGUUUGAAGAAAUGACCUCAUGCACCAAGUCUGGGCACAUGACCUGCUUCAACUGCGUGCAACACUCUAUAAAAGAAGCACUCUUUGGCCAGGGCUGGCAGAGUAGUGUCAACCCUGCGACGGGGACACUCAAGUGUCUCUCCACCGAAGGUGAUAGAUGUCCCGGGCAGAUCCCGUACGAGCAGCUCCAGCAAGCAAUGAUGCAGCACAGGGGCGGCGCGGACCUGCUUCUCAAACUAGACCGCCGCUUGGCGGACCACGGCCUCAUCGAGUCCAAACUACCCCUCAUCCGCUGCCCUUUUUGCAACUAUGCGGAAAUCGACGACCUCUAUGUGCCAGCUGAGCUGGCCGGACUGCGCAUCCGGUUCGACAGCGGCUACCAAAUGCUGUUUCUCGGUGCUACGGCCAUUGCAUUACUACUUUUACUUCCAGCUAUUCUCAUGGUAACAUUACUAUGCGCUGCCGUGGCCGCGUACGUUCCCCUGGCCCCGUUCUUCCAGCAGCACUGGAGGCAGGCGGUUGGGAGACACAACCGGCGGCGGCGAGGCCUCAAGUUUACCUGCCAGAGCCCCGACUGCAAGCGUGUCUCGUGCCUCUCGUGCCACAAGUCUUGGAAGGACAUUCACAUCUGCCACGAGUCGUCACUGGUGGCGCUGCGCACCCAGGUUGAGCAGGCCAUGAGCAUGGCCGUGAAGCGCGUGUGUCCGCGGUGCAACACGUCGUUUGUCAAGAAUUCGGGCUGCAACAAGCUGACGUGUCCGUGCGGGUACAAGAUGUGCUACGUAUGCCGCGCCGACCUGGGCGACGAGGGCUACCGUCACUUUUGCGACCACUUCCGACCGGACGGCGACCCACGGCCCUGCAAGGAAUGCGACCGCUGCAACCUGUGGGAGUCGGAGGACACGGACCGCAUCCUACGCGAGGCACGAGAGGAUGCGGAGAGCCGGUGGAAGGACUUGGAGAAGAGGGAGCUCUCGGGAAGCGAAAAAGCGUUUCUGGCCACGGGCUACAUUAAUAAGAGCCAUGACGUGGGCCUCCGCAAGCUGGUGCAGCGCGGCCAGCUCCCCGCGCUCGACGAAGUGUGUGACUUGGUGAUUGACACUGUUUUUAUCUAG